AUGAAGGCAUUAAAGAACUUAAAAUCAUUAACCUUAGCAGGCAAUUUCGAUAUAACGGGAAAAUACAUCAGCGACCUUAAAGGUUUGGAACAACUGGCUCUUAACAAUUGCUGCAGCAUAGAGAGCCAAUACUUUCAACAAAUCUUUGAAAACCUUAAAAAUCUGCUACUGCUCGACAUAAGAAAUUGCGGUCACUUGACCACAGAAAAUUUUCAACAAAUAUGUGACAAUCUUCAUCAACUAAAGACUCUAAAAAUUUCUACCACCAAAGAAAACAUAAAUUGCCUGGCAAAAUUACCCAAUCUUAAGCAAUUGGAAAUAAAUAGAAACAAUAUAUUAAGCCCUGCCAUAACUAAAGAGUUUUUAACUAAUUUAGCCCAUUACCAAGCUGAACAGUUAGAAGAAUUAAAGCUAAUAGACUGUGCUGACUUUGAUGCGGAUAAAGCUGGCUUAGUAACUAAAUUGUCUAAGUUAAAGGUAUUGCAUUGCAUUUGCAAUGCCUUUGAUGAUGAGAUUUUAGAGCAGUUUUCAAAAUUUAAGGAAAUAGAAGAGCUGUUUAUUAGCAACUGCUAUUUUGUGAGCAAUGAAAGUGUUUUACAACUUUUAGAAAACUGUCCACAACUAACCAGGCUUACGAUGAGAUCUUGUGGCGAUUUAACCUCAGAUGUAAUUAAAAAAAUUCUGCAAAUAUUCCAGCUGAAACGAGGGUUAUAUAAACAUCAUGUAAAACAUAUAGCCGUAAAACCUGUCCUAAAAAUUGUGGCUUUAAUAGCAAAAAUGCCAACUGAUUUGGCAUUUCAAAGACUCAUGUAA